UCCCUUUUUUCUGCAACUUUCAAUAUUAAAAAGAAAAAAAUGGAUCAUUGCAUUGCCUAUUGUCUGUUGGUUAUUUUCUCUGUUUUAUUCGUUGGCGUGAUUUCUACGGAGGCUUUCUCGGCCGAGAGAUCGGAAGUUGAUCCGUUGAUCAGGCAAGUAACGGACAGUCACGAUGGAGCCGUGUCACAGCUGUUGACAGCAGAGCAUCACUUCUCGCUAUUUAAGAAACGGUUCAAGAAAUCGUACGGGUCGCAAGAGGAGCACGAUUAUAGAUUCAAGAUUUUUCAGGCUAACCUAAGGCGAGCGGCGCGUCAUCAGAAGCUUGACCCGUCUGCGACUCACGGGGUGACUCAGUUCUCCGAUCUGACACCGGGCGAGUUCAGGAAGACAUAUUUGGGAUUAAGGAGAUUGAGACUACCUAAAGAUGCGACUGAGGCACCUAUUUUGCCUACCGAUAAUUUGCCUGAAGAUUUUGACUGGAGAGAAAAAGGAGCUGUUACACCCGUCAAAAAUCAGGGUUCAUGCGGAUCAUGCUGGUCUUUUAGUACAACAGGAGCCUUGGAAGGUGCUAAUUUUUUGGCAACCGGGAAACUCGUGAGCCUUAGCGAGCAACAGCUUGUAGAUUGUGAUCAUGAGUGUGAUCCAGAAGAAGCAGGUUCUUGUGAUUCCGGAUGCAAUGGUGGGCUCAUGAAUAGUGCUUUUGAGUAUACCCUCCGAGCUGGUGGACUUAUGCGUGAGGAGGAUUACCCCUACACCGGCACCGAUCUUGGGACCUGCAAAUUCGACAAGACCAAAAUUGCUGCAAAAGUGGCCAACUUUAGUGUUGUUUCUCUCGAUGAGGAUCAAAUUGCUGCUAAUCUUGUGAAGAAUGGUCCUCUUGCAGUGGCUAUCAAUGCAGUGUUCAUGCAGACAUACAUUGGGCGAGUUUCUUGCCCUUACAUUUGCUCAAAGCGCCUUGAUCAUGGAGUAUUGUUGGUGGGAUAUGGUUCUGCUGGCUAUGCACCAGUCCGCAUGAAGGAUAAACCAUACUGGAUCAUUAAGAACUCAUGGGGAGAAAACUGGGGAGAGAAUGGAUUCUACAAAAUCUGCAGAGGUCGCAAUAUUUGUGGCGUAGACUCUAUGGUAUCAACUGUUGCUGCUGUUAACACCAACUCUCAGUAGGGUGCUAGUUGUUCGUAACACCAGUUGUUUGUAUAGAUCUUGUUACAAUUAUAUGGAUAAGCUUUAAAUUUGUUAUGUUUCUGAACUGUGUUAAAACAACUGAAAUGUUAUCAGAGCAAGUUUAAUU